CCGAACGGAGAAAUUUGUUAUUCUCACAGUGUGUUUUGAAAAAUUUGUUGCUUAUUCUCACGGGAGACCAGAGGGAGACAAAAAUUCUUGCUUAUUUGCUACUUCUCAUCAAUGAAAAAAACCGUAAACAGAUCAUGGAAGACAAUAGGAAAAGAGAAAACGGCAACGAGGCAACGGGAGACGGCAGAAAUGACGGAUUCGCGAAGCAACAGGAAAGAUGUUGCGACAAUCAAUAUCAGCUGACAGAGUCCCUCUCCGGUCGCAAGUUGCGCGGUUCCUCGCGGUCAAGAUCGCGAAGCGUGUCCCGACGGAAGAAGCAGCGGAGAAGCGCGAACGCUUUCCUAAAUUUUAUGCAAGAUUUCAGACAGACGAACAACAAAUUGAAGAAUAAAGAUCUGUUUCGACUCGGGGGACAAAUCUGGCGGCAGAUGUCUGCCGCGGAUAAAAUGCCUUACGUAAAAGCGGCCAAGUUGGCGGCGCAGGAACAAAAAUCGCAACAACAAACCGAUACGAGCGGCGGGCAGCAGAACAAGUCCACCAAUGGCAAUUCUUCGAAAAAAUUCGAAAAUCCGAGGAAAGAUAAGAAAAGGAGAGAGAAAAGAAGAUCCAGUAGUAAAACGGACAUUUCGGACACAGAAUCGGAUUCCAGGUCGGGAACGGGCGCGAGCAUGACCAGCGAGAACGACGCUUCCGAUCUGAGCUCUUAGAUUGAAUCAAACGAGGUCCGGUACGCGAGACAAUUGUCGAAUACACAAAAAGCUGUUUUGAUGAUUUUAUACACACAUCUUGUAAUUGAUUUUUGAUUGUAUUUGUUUUAUACAACUCGGAGAUAAAGUCACAAAUAGGUUUUUGCC